CGAGCGAAAUCGAGAGCCGCAAGGUGUUUCGGCGGGGACAAAAACCAGGGAUAUCUCCUCUUUCCACCAAUUUUUGAUUCUUCUCCCCUUUCGUUUUAGCUGCUUUUUUUUUUCUUUAAUCCUCUCCAAUGGAGGAACCGAUCUUGAACGCAGACAGGGAGGUUCUUGCUGAGAUUGUGAGGCUCAGCCAGAAACAAGGAUUAAAAGGUCGUGAAGGAGGGUGGAAAGAUUUUUUGCAUAGUAAUAGUUUGUCAUACGGCGCUGUCUACGAUCCAAUGAGAAAGUCUAAAGAUAUAUUAGUUGCUUUUCUGCAAACGUUCCAGGAAAAAGAUCAGAAGUUUUUUCGAAAAAUGAUAAGACGUAUUACGGAAUACAAAGCAUUUGAGAAGUUCAUCUCUGACUUUCCAGGCCAAGAGUCCCCUCAGCAGAGACUGGUCCGUUUGACGAUGGAACAUCCGCAUUACCCACGAUUUUAUUCUUUCCCGUCCCACGAUGAGGAGUGGAUGUUCAUGCCGCUAGGUAAAGUUUCUGAAGUAAUGAAAUCAAAAACUAUGAUUUCGAUUGACUGUGAGAUGGUUCUGUGUGAGGAUGGUACUGAAGCCGUUGUACAAGUUUGUGCAGUAGAUGAAAAUUUGGAGGUUAAACUUGAUAAACUCGUAAAUCCCAAUAAAGCUGUUGCUGACUAUAUAACAGACAUCACUGGGAUAUCUGCUAAAGAUUUGGAGGGAGUUACUUGUUCAUUAGCUGAUGUACAGAAAUCCGUUAAGAAGCUUUUAUCUCAUGGGACUAUUUUAGUUGGCCACUCUUUACAUAAUGAUUUACGAGCACUAAAAAUUGAUCAUCAACGAGUUAUUGACACAUGCCACAUCUUCAAAUAUUUAGACUUAGCUAAUGGUUCACCUUCUUUAAACAAUUUGUGUAAGUCUGUAUUGGGUUUUGCACUCCGAGCAGAAGGUGAACCACAUAAUUGCUUAAAUGAUGCAAAAGCUGCAAUGAAGCUGGUUCUAGCUAAGCUCGAACAUGGAUUUGACGAUCCCAUAUCUGUUGUUGACGACAAUUUAUCUGACUCUGAUCAAGCAAAGCUGCUACUUCACAAAAUACCAGUUGACGUGCCUUAUCAAGAGCUCCUGAAAUUAUUUCCUGAGAAUUAUAAUGUUGAUAUUAAGAAUGAUCUAAAAGUCCGAGGCCCUAGCUAUUCGACAUUUGCUGUUUUCAAGGAUGCCAGAGAGGCUGAUGAAGCAUUUAAAGGAAUAGAAGCCUCAGAAAGCAGGGACUCCAACGGUCGACCUCAGAAGAAUGUGUUCUUGGAAAUCAGUACUGGGAAAAGCAUCAGCUUCUAUGUUCGAAGGAUGAGAGCUGCCGCCCCGGCUAAUGGAUGCGAUCCAUUAAACAAGAGGACAGCACAAGAUGAGACCAACGAUUCAAAAAGGCAACGAACAUGUUUACAUCACUGCAAGCAUGUUGAGGAUAUAGAGAAAUUGAAACAGGAGCUCCGUCAGCGAGAGGAGGAAAUAUUUGAGUUGCAAAAGAUAGUCUCUGCCCUUGCUAGGAAAAAAGGAAUCUCAUGCAUUUCCACAAACUACUUGUAACAUCAUUGCUUCUUGAUAGCAGCAAUUCUGAACCAGUUUUUAACUUUCCAGCAAGCAUUUUUGCAACAGAAGAACAAAAAAAAGCCACAACCA